AUGAGUACUUCCGACUCCAACCCUACUUUCAGCUUCGGCGAAUGUCCAGUUUGCGUCCAGGAAGCCGCCCUCUUCAUCUUGCCUUGCUCGCACACGGGUUAUUGUAAAGAUUGUCAUGCUGAGGCUCUCAGACACUUGCAGGAGGGCGACCGCAAACCAGAAUGCCCCACCUGCUCGACCGCCAUUCCUAUCGAGGCCUUUGAAUCUAUUAUUGAUCCUGAGCAAUACGCUACAAUCACCACUAGAAUGCUUGAGUGGGGCAUUCCUACCAACGAACAUCUCUACUGCGCUAACACUGACUGUCUGAAGUUCAUUCCCCCUUCCGCUCCUACUUCCUCGAGAGGUCGCCAAUGUAUGAAUUGCCACGAGACGACUUGUUUGGCUUGUAAGAACAACGCUCACGAUGGCGCCUGCCCCGAAGAUGAAGGCUUGAAGGCCGCGGUCGAAACAGCUCUAACUGACGGUGCCAAACCCUGUCCUUUCUGCGGUACCUUGAUCAUCCGAAACGGCGGAUGCCAACAUAUUUAUGCCCACCCGAAUUGUGACAAAGAGUUUUGCAUUCUUUGUCUUGCAGAAUGGAAAGACUGUUUGGCAACUUGUGAAGGGACGAAAGAUGAUUUACUGGGACAGGAUGUUUACGACAACGAUAUCCCGGAUUGGGCAAAUGAGUGGGACUAUUUCGAGGAUGAUGACGCACUUGCUAUCGCUGAAAGAUUUGCUGGUGCUCGGCUACGUAUUGAGUUCAAUGAUCGCGACAUGUUCUCGUUCAACGAGCUUCUGGCGGUUCUCAGUGUCACACUGGCUGUGCACAGGGAAUACCUUGCCACAACCACUCUCAUUCAAUGGCUCCUUGAUAUGGGACAGGGCCUACUUGACGACGUUUUGGAGGAUCGAGUCAAUCGCCUUGACCCUCUUGACGAACAGCAUCUGUCAGACUUUAACAACUUCGCCCGGCUCAUAUCACAGGCUCGCGAUCAUGCAGCGGCUGAGCUGUGGUUGCGUACCGAUGAUCCAUACGAAUUCAAUCUUCAGGCCAUCGAGGAUUUUCUGGGAGAUGUUCAUGAAUUGAGAUCGGAGGGCUUCAUCGCUGCUGAGCAGGAGGCAAUUGAAAUGCUUAGCAUGCACCAGGAACCCGAUCUUGCCGAGAGACGCCGCUACUACAUGAACCUUUUAUUACGUGCUACGAUCACAUUCGACGACCUCCUCCUCUUCAACCAGACAAGCAAGGCAGUAUACAGAGAAAUGGACCCCACCCUCCCACUCUACUUUGGCAAGCCGAGCCCCGCCAUAGAUGCCGCGUGGGUAGAUCUUCUACAGUAUGAGUACCCUGCCAUCACAUCGGAGGAGAUUGCCUUGAAUCCUUCUCUUGAUUUCGACUUGGAAAGAGACAAACAUCCUGCAACGGGCAAGUACCACUUCGCCCUCGACGUCUUCCACAACUUGCACUGUCUAAACGCGGUGAGAAAGGAGCUUGAUAAGGACUACUACGGCGCCCACGACCAUGGCCAUGUUGGCCGAAGAGAAGGACAGAAUCAUGGGACUCACGCAGCACAACAGCACCAAGGUGCCCUCGAGGCUGCCCAAAGAGACCACAUUGACCAUUGUAUGAACCAUAUCAGACAGAGUUUACAGUGCCGGCCCGAUCUCAGCCCGGCGGCGAUGCAUGUUUUCGAGGAUUCGGACGGCGCGAAGUAUUUCUUAGGAAAUGCUGAGAAGCAUACAUGCUAUGAUUGGGACAGUAUCAUGCAGUGGGCUGCUGAAAGAAAGCUUGAGCCGGGCUACACAACUCCUGUGCAUUGA